UCCAAUAAGAACAUCUGAUAGCAACCACGUUUUUUCAAAGAAAACAAAUUUUAAUCUGUCUAAUGGCUGCUACAUUUUCGCGAUAUACGUGUGUGGCAAAUUAAAUUUUAAUUGUUAUUUAACAAAUUAUAAUAGAUUUGAAGUGUACUUUCUGAGUCCUGCACAUGAGAAUUCUGCGUAUACAAUGAGAAAACAUAUCGUCUGCGAGAGAAUUUGACGUCAAAAUCCGAAGUCCAAACCGAGACGGCAACACUGGAGAAAGACAAGACUUCUGGCAACACUCAAGCAAAGAAGAUAAUGUCUAUGUAUUGUUUAUGCCAUAGCUGAAAAUAAGGAGUGAAAGCAAAAUGUCUGAAAUAAAAGAACCGAGAUUAAAAAGACCUAAAAUGUCGGAAACUGUAGACAAUUUCAUAGACAAUAUAAUAAAUAUGAAGAAAAACCUUCAUGCAGUUUUGGGCGAUGAAUUUCACUCUUCAAUACCUCUCCUUCAAGUCUAUACUGGUCAUGUUAGAGAUUUGAAGCAAUUAUCAAAAAUAAUCGUAAUUCUGAACGAAAAAAUUCAACUCAAAGAAAUGCAACAUUUAAAAAGAGCUCGGAAAAAAGACGUGUUGUUAUGCCCAACGGAUUAUGUGUCCCACGACGUAAAAAGCGAGGAUUCUGUACAAAAAUAUCUAGAAGAACACAUACCGGAACUAAAAGACGCUUUCGAGUUCUUCAAAAUAACAGAAGUACCAUUAUUAGCGCCAAAAUUAAAAAGACAGCAUGAAGAGUUUAGUAAAAUCUGGUCCUGUAACUUUCAUCCAAAUAAAUACUUGGAGAAACUAUGCGGCAAUGAGUUUUUCGCAGAGGAUGAAUUGACCUCCCAUAGACUGUACAUGGGAAUGACAUUUGAGAUAGCAAGAUUCUAUCUCAGCCAAAUGAACAGUAGUUUAGAAAUGACAGAUAUAAUUCUGAGAGACACAAACGCGACAGUCAUCGUCGAUCCAUCGACAAAAUCAGUUGUAGCAGUCGCCUUCGACAACAGGCAGUACCAUCCUGUACAACACUCCGCCAUGUUGGCCAUAGACAAUGUAGCUAAAACUCAAAAUGGCGGCGCGUGGGACACAGCCACAGACGUCAAAGACGUGUCACUCCGAGGCAUAGAGAUAGAGUUACUCGUGCAUUUAAAAGAAAAGUUUCCGAAUGUCAAAUUUGGAGCUAGGACUUAUUUGACGAAGAAUGCUUUAAAUGAAUCUAAAAUGAGUGUUUCUGGUAGUCCUUACCUAUGUACUGGUUAUUAUGUGUAUCUAAUGAGGGAGCCAUGUGUGAUGUGUUCUAUGGGGUUGGUGCAUGCUCGGGCUAACAGGGUGUUUUAUUGUUUAAAAAAUAAUCGUAAGGGUGCCCUCGGCUCGAAAACUAAGUUACAAUGUGUAUCAUCCUUGAAUCAUCAUUUUGAAGUGUUUACAGACUUUUUAUAAUGUUUUUUUUUAGUUCAGUGAUGUAAUGAUAAUAAUAAUUAUUGUUAUGUUCUUUUUAAUAAAUAACUUUUUUGAAUUAUUCUCCCUUUUUUUUUGGUUUCGUCCUGAAAAUUUUAUAUACCGGUAGUAUAAAUUAUAGUUCUAGCAAGACCAAUACAGCCUACAUUUUCUAAUUCCUAACAACUCCAAACCUAAUUUAAUCGAAAUUCGUUAAGCAUCUUAGGCGGAAAUGCGUAACAAAUAGAUUAACAUACCAUCACAAUUAAUAAUAAGGAGAAUGUUGUUUUUCAAUAUACAAUCGAAAUCAAAAGUUUUUAUUUCAAGUACACUCUUGAGACAGUUUGGAUUAUUGUCUCGAGUUGCCCGGUUCCAAAAUGUCAUUACUAUGAAGUAGAACCGGCAAGAAACUUAAUACCCAAAUGUUUUAUAGCAUUCCACAAUGCGAGGCCUUAGUGGGCAAAGCGUAUUCUACGUACGUAUCUUCUUACUAUGGCAGUAUUUUUAGGGCAAAAUUUAUGACGGCUAGAUAUCCUUUUGAUAAGUCUCAACCUUCUUUUCUACCUCUGUUCCUACAAAUCGAGAGAUCCUUACAGAAAAUCUAUGAGCGUCUCAUAAAAAUGAAUCCACUCCCAAG